CCAAACCGCCAAAAGUGUCACCUAACCUCACUCAUUGUAGUUGUCUUAAAUGCAUUAUUUUCAAUAAAAAAAAUGCGGCGCAGUUCGACGUCACGACCACUACCACAGUUUAAACCUGGAAAUCUGCAAAGUAAAUUUGUGUCUCCCGAAACUGAAUCUUCAUCAAAAAAGCGGACAAGAGACAAAUCCAAGACGACCAAUACAAAAUGUAGAAAACCGCUAGUGCAAUUAAACGAGAAUGGGUUCGAUUACUCGUACGCCACGUCCCACGAGGAGCUAAUAAAGAAGUUAUUGCAACCGUUCGUCUCCCCCGAUCCAAAUUAUCAAGCCUCUAAUUCUACGAAGACUUUAGGUAUAAGACGCAGUCGUGUUAAGCGAGCUUUGUACGAUCCAAACACGCCAAACGCUCUGGUGUUGUACGCCCCACCAGAGGUCACCGAGCACGACAAAAUGAAGCACGAUGACAAGGUACUGGUGCACGUCGUAGUCGAUCCAAUACUAAGCAAUAUCUUGCGACCUCACCAGCGUGAGGGCGUGAAGUUUAUGUACAAUUGCGUCACGGGCGUGCAAAUAUCGGGCUCGUUCGGAUGCAUAAUGGCGGACGAGAUGGGGCUGGGCAAAACGCUGCAGUGCAUUACUUUAAUGUGGACUUUGCUAAGGCAAGGGCCCGAAUGUCGCCCUACGAUUGAUAAGGCCAUCAUUGUUUGCCCGAGUUCGCUCGUACGUAAUUGGAGCAACGAAAUCACCAAGUGGUUGGCCGGACGUCUGAGCUCGGUAAUAAUGGACGGGGGCCCUGACGGCAAAAAAAAGUUGACGCAAUUUAUGCAGGCGCAAGGACGUACGGCGACGCCGCUGCUCAUCAUUUCGUACGAGACCUUCCGCAUGCACGCCGAAAUUUUGCAUUCUAGCGAGAUCGGUUUGGUGCUGUGCGACGAAGGGCAUCGCCUGAAGAACUGCGAGAACCAGACGUACCGCGCGCUGAUGGGGCUCAAAUCAAAACGACGCGUGCUGCUGAGCGGAACGCCGAUUCAAAACGAUCUCACCGAGUACUUCAGCCUGAUACAUUUCGUCAACGAGGGUCUUUUGGGAAGCGCGCAGGAAUUUCGUCGCAAAUUCGAAAACUACAUCAUGAAGGGACAAGACUCCUACGCGACGCCGCUCGAGCGCCAACACGCCCAGGAACGUUUAACCGAACUGACAACGUUAGUAAACCGAUGCUUGAUUAGGCGCACGAGUGCGCUACUGACAAAGUAUCUGCCGGUCAAAUUCGAAAUGAUCAUUUGCUGCCAUUUAACUCCCGUCCAAAAGGCGCUGUACCGCAACUACAUAAACUCCGAGGCGAUUCGGCAAACGGUCGCGGAGUGCGACUCGGAGAGCAAGGCCUCCCUGAGCACCUUGGCGAGUAUCACGACGUUAAAGAAACUGUGCAACCAUCCCGAUUUGAUCGUCGACAAAAUUCGAGAGGGCGCCGAAGGCUUCGAAAACGCAGCGAAACUAAUUCCGCCGAAGCACAACGAAAACGACGUACAGCCCGAGCUUUCCGGCAAGCUGAUGUUGCUCGACUGCCUUUUGGCGAACAUGAAGGCGAACUUGGACGACAAGAUCGUGCUCGUCUCGAACUACACGCAAACGUUGGAUCUGUUCGAGAGGCUCUGCAAGAAGCGCGGCUACCUGUACGUGCGUCUCGACGGCACCAUGACCAUAAAAAAGCGCGCGAAGGUCGUCGAGACGUUUAAUAAGCCGGAAUCGCGCGAGUUUAUUUUUAUGCUCAGCUCGAAGGCGGGCGGGUGUGGAUUGAAUUUAAUCGGCGCGAAUCGGUUGGUGAUGUUCGACCCGGAUUGGAACCCGGCGAAUGACGAUCAAGCUAUGGCGCGAGUUUGGCGUGACGGACAGAAGAAACCAUGUUACAUUUAUCGAUUUCUCGCCACUGGAACCAUCGAAGAGAAAAUAUUCCAACGGCAGGCGCAUAAAAAGGCGCUAAGCUCGACGGUGGUCGACAUGAACGAAGAGGCCGCGCGUCACUUCAGCGCCUCCGAACUGAAGGAACUAUUUCGAUUGGAGACGACGGAAUCGGACACGCACACGCGACUGAAAUGCAAGCGUUGCCUGAACAAGAUACAGACGAAGAACCCGCCGGAGGAAUCGGAUUGCACCUCGGACUUGGCCAACUGGUACCACAGCUGGGAUAAGCGCGGGUUGGCCGAUUUGGUAAUUAAGCAAAUUUGGGACAUGUCGCAAUUUAUUUCGUUCGUCUUUCACCAAAAGUCCGCGAAUGAAGUUGUCAAACCAAUUCAGAACAUUGAAGAGGAGGAGGCGGAGCAGACGGAAGAUGAUGGAAGUAUUUAUGACGAUUAAUGUGUUUUGUAAAUUAAGAAGUAGUGUUUGUUUGUUUAAAUGUUAAUCGUUUUGUGUUUAAUUUAUUAAAGGAAUUUUUCGAAAA